GGCGGUCGGAGCCCGGGCCGGGGCCGGGGCCGGGGCCGGGGCCGGGGCCGGGGCUGGAGCAGGGCUGGACCGGGGCGUCCAUUCUAUGAGUCCAUGAUGUUGCAUAGGGACAUGCUGAGAGCAGCAGUCAAACAGCCAGGAGCACUGACCUCAUGAUACGUCCAGUAACUUUAAAGAGGAGGGACACCGGCAAAAUGUUUGCUGUCUGCCCAGCAAACGCUCCAUUCCGGCAGGGCCAGGGGGGCCCAGCGCUGGGCACAGCCAUCCCAGGGGCAGGACAUGGACAAGACUCCAACUCCAACUUCGUGGGAGAGGUGUGUGACAGCAACGAGAACUGGAGCCAGCCAGCGCCGGGGUCCCCGCCAGAGGAGGGCUCCAGCCGGAGCGAAAACACCACAAAUCCGUCUGAUAAUCUGCUGUUAUUAAUGCAGAGACAGAUGGUCCAGGGCCAGCUUAGGGACACUGCCCCAGGCCUGGGCGACAUGCACCCUGAGCAGGGGGUGCGCAGCUCCCCGGAAGGAGCAGAGGUCAGCGGGGCAGGGGGACAAAACACUGCCGAGGAGGUGGCCGGGGGAUGUGUCAAGCCCCUGAGCUCCCCUGCAGAGGACAACGGCUACGCCAGCAGCUCCCUCAGCAUCGACAGCCCUGAGAGCACCUGCAGCACCAACUGGAACCCUCCCGCCUCUGCCCCUCAAGCCAGGAAUCCCCCUAGGGCAGGGCUGGCUGAGCCUGAGCUGGGGAUGCUCUUCCCGGUGCUGGCAGAGGCUGUGCAGCACCUCCAGGACAAGGAGCGCUUCAAGGAGCAGGAGAAGGAGAAGCACCACAUCCAGCUGGUGAUGUACCGGCGCCUGGCCUUGCUGCGCUGGAUCCACGGCCUGCAGCAGAAAGUUGUGGACCAGCAGAACCGGUUGCAGGAAAGUUUUGACACCAUUCUGGAUAACCGCAAGGAGCUCAUCCGCUACAUGCAGCAGGGCCCAGCCUGCCUUGCUGCUGCGGCCACCCCUAGCCCCUGAGGUGCCACCAGCACAGCCCAGCCCAGCCCCCACCCUCCGGACGCUGUGGCCUUGGCUGGUGGCAUCUCCAUCCUGUGCCGAGCGCUCACCGGGCCCUUGGGUGCCCACCCUGCCCUUCCCAUCUGUCUCCAACACAGCCAAGAGUCCCUGAAGAGUUCAUCUGCAUUAUCCCUCUGUGCUGGAAUUUGUUUUGUCCUGCACCCAGGUCUAGGGUGGCACUGAGCUGUGUCGACCUCAGGACCCUGGGGUUUGCUGAGCCCAAGAUGACCAGGCUCAUCUUUAAACCUAAUCUAGUCCAUUGUUGAGCCUGGCUGAGCCACACCAGUGCUGGGAUGGCUGUGCUGGAGCUGCAGGGCAGUGAGGGCCCCAGGGCAGUGAAGCUUCUAAACCUCCCUGGGCAGAGCACUUCCAGCAUGUGCUUCAUUCUCACAUCCCACCUCCAGCCACAGCCCAGCCCCUGGCAAAUGUCACUUGUUGGUGAGAGUGAGGUGUCCUGGGCUGUGAGAGAGAAAAAAUCAUUCUGAAAAGUGACCUCAGAAUGCUGAAAAGUAAAUCUAAGUCAAAUGAUCCAACACCAAUUUAUGUUUUUAAUGUCAGUAUUAGAGAAAAGUUAAUUUAGGUCUAUGUGUGUGUGCAUAUCUGUCUGCUAUGGGCAAUACUCUCACUCAGUGCAUGACCCUAAAGCUGCUCAUGAACUUGUGGUGUUGGUGUUUAUAUUAAUUUAUCAUUUGAGAGCAAAGAGAAUGUUUCUUUUGGAUUUGCAUUUUGCUGUACACAAAACCCAAAGAACAAUUGUCUUAACUAGAGAUGGAAAAGGAGCUGCUGUGUUUGUUUGCUGUGCUUUGCUGUAUAUCCAUAGGACACAUAUUCCAUUCAAGUGCUGAUGUGGAAGAGCAGCAGUGGGCAGUGAGGGCUCAGACAGAGGGGUCUGCACUCUCUGUCCUGCCCCAGCUGCCAAGUAAAGCUGGACACUGAUUCCAUUUCUCAUCUGCAAAGGAGAGUGAUGAGGGAUUCCAGAGCUGCUGUGCUGCUCCCAGCCAAACUGCCUCCUGCCAUUGGAGCCACUUCUCCAGGACCCCAGCAAACAGCAGAAUCAGGCAGCCUGGUCAGAUCCUGGUACCCACCACCCACCAGAUGCUCCUGGACUGUGGAUAAACAACUAUGGCCAAGCCCACCAGUGACCCAAGGUCCAGGGGCAGCACUAGCCUCCUCCUGCCCCACAUGGGACACAACUGGGCUCUGCUCCCCCUGGGGCUGCUGCCAGUGGGUGAAGUGAGGAGAUCCACAAAAAUCCUCUUCCAAAAAGGACAUUUUGGUGGCAAAGGGCGCACUCUGCUCAAAGCAACCUGUGCCAUCGCUGGGGGAUUCUAGCAGCUUCCCGCAAGGCUCACACUCCCCUCACCUCCCAUCUGCUCAUUUAGUGUUCAGCGCCUGCUGCCUCUGUUGUAUCCCAGACCCGUGAUUGUGGGCAUGUUGCACACCUUAAUAAAAGCCUUGGAGCUGA